UGCUUUCUCUUGAGUUCUGAGUGAGUUGGUGGGCGUACUAUGAGUGUUCUUCUGAUCUCUUUCACUUUGUCUCUCAACUUAUUAGCUGUUAACUGAUUGAAGUUCACUUUACUAUCAAUAACGUAAUUGAAGGUGUAUGAAGCAGGUGGUUUUCCUUCUACAGUACCGCUGAUGCUAAUAUCGGUUGAGUUCGUGUUUUGGAUAAUGUGAAUAAUGGUUGUUUGAAUACUGUUAGAGAAUUAGUUUGUAUUGUAUUGGAUCAUGGGGGCUGCUUGUUGUGUUGCUGCUAGAGAUAAAACUAUCGUAAAUGGGUCAGGUAGCGAUGUUCUGCAUAGGAAUAUAAGGUAUUCACCGACAUGGAGUUUCCGUUGGGAUAACCGAGGGCGCGUAGCCGGUGAAGACACUUCUAUAAGUUGGUUCUCAGAUGCAGUAAGUCGGAAUGAUGGAUCAGAGAUCAAAUAUGAAUCUGUAUGUGCAUCUGAGGAUGGAAUUUCGUCCGAGAGUUUUCAGUCUCGUACGUGGCAAAAGUCCCCAAUUUCAGAAGAAACUGCUGGGCAUGUGAGAACUCCUGCUUCAGAUCAAUCUAUUUCAAGGAAUAUCUCCAUUGAUGUGAACUCAGAGCAGGCGAAGGAGUCAGUAGAAUCCCCUGCGGCCUCUUACUCAUCUCCUUCUAAGUUAUCACUUUCGUUGCCAUCAGCUUCCUCCUUAGCAACAUCCCCUAUGUCUUCGCAGAGUCAUGUCUAUCCUACCAGUUCAACAAUAACAAAGUGGCCUCUCAAGACUCCCGGACAUCAUCUAUUGAGUCAAGUAUCUGAUAACCGAAUUCUGCGAUUAAAGUCACCUAAUAGAUACCUGGUUGGUGAGGAAAGGCUUGUAAUGCCUUCAUGGAGCAAUGAAUCAAAUGGGGGCUCUUGCGGUGGUUCUUCUGAUGGUUGGUCUAUGCAUGCCUUUCCUGAACUUCCUACAUCUCGUAGGGAGAGGUGGUCUUUUGAUAACGACACAUGGAGUUUUCAUCGUGAGAGAAUAAGUAAAUGCAGUGGCCGAACCUCGGCAUCAGCUUCUGUUGAUCUGCAAACAUGUGGUGUUUGCUCGAAGCUGUUAUCAGAAAAAUCUUUGUGGAGCACUCAGAAGAUUAUCAUUGGCAAUGAUCUUUCUGUUGUUGCUGUGCUAACUUGUGGCCAUGUUUACCAUGCUGAAUGUUUGGAAAAUAUGACUUCUGAAAUUGACAAGUAUGACCCUGCUUGUCCAAUAUGCACUUUGGGGGAGAAGAAGACAAAUAAAUUAUCUGAGAAAGCAUUUAAAGCUGAAAUGGAUUUUAAGGCCAAAAUCAACAAAAAAUCAAGGAGCCGUGUUGUUGAUAGUUAUAUGGAUGUGGAUCCUAUUGUAUUUAAUCGUAUAAAAAGUAGUGGGCAUGAAGGUAAGGCCUCCAGUUCAAGCAUGAAAAGCUCCUUGGGCAAGCCUUUCCUGAAGAAACACUUUUCCUUCGGAUCAAAGGGAAGUAGAUCCCCUUCAGAGAACCAUUCUAACUGGAAAAAGGGAUUUUUCUGGGCCAAAUCCAGCAAGAUCUGAAUGUCUUAUCUGCUGUUAGAAGAUUCUGAUUUUCUUCUCUGCAAUUGUAUCGGAAAUAUAGGGAUUGCAGACAGUGGUUUGCAGGAUGUCAAUUCAUGAAGGAUUCUUGAUAUCAUUCUGAAGUAUUUUUUUUUUCAACAGGGGUAUCCUAUGGGACUCGCUCUGUAAAGAAGAAAAUGGAAACUAUAGGUGAAAAAAAUAGGCUCAACAGGAGGAAGAAAUAUUUUAAACAAUGGAAUAUAAUAUAAUAUAUAACCUCAUGAGUGAUGUUAUUCUUAUUUUGUACAGACUGAUCUGUUUCUUGCUUGGACUGCAUUCAUACACGAAUUGAUUCAAUAUGAAAUCCUGUAUGUGGCUAAUUGAUUUUGGAUCCUUUUGGAAGUCAA